AACACCUGUAUUUUAGAUUCCAUACUUCUGCAUUAGUAGUAUUAUCUUGUAAGGAUACUAUUUCUACCUUUUAUUUGUGUUUUGGAAUAUCCUACUGUCAGUCAUGUCUUUCGUUAGAUCGAGCAAAUUUCGUCAUGUGUUUGGAAACAAUACAAAGGCAGAUGGUUGUUAUACUGGAUUCAAACCAGACGGGACCGGAGAUUCGAACUGUGCUGUCAGCAGAAAAUUUUUGGCUUUUAUUAAAAAUUCAAAAAUUUUUGUGAUUGGAUUGGAUAAGACUGGUCGUCAUGAAGAAAACAACAUGCAUUACAUUGAUUGUAAAAACAAGGUUUUGGACGUGGCAUGGUCACCAUUCCAUGAUAAUGUACUUGCUAGCUGUGAAGAAUCAGGACAUGUUAAUAUUUGGACAAUACCUGAAGAUGGACUUGAGGAUGUGAUGUCCGAACCAUCGUAUCAUUUCUCAAAGCAAACUAAAAAGGUUACUUUUAUUCAAUGGCAUCCAACUGCUGAAUAUAUAUUGGCUGUUGGAGGUUUCGAUAGUUUCAUCAGUAUAUUGGACAUUGGACCUGACUGUGAUUCCAUGGACUCCUUUAUUGAUAUACCUGUUGGUGAGAAUCCAACUAACAUGGCUUGGAACUACGACGGAAGUCUUAUCGCCAUAACAACUAAAAUAGAUAGGAAAAUGGCUCUUCAAAUCGUCAACCCAAGAACUGGGGAAGUGUUACAGACAAACGAACAAUGCCAUCUUGGAACCAAACCGACUAAAGUUGUGUUCAUGAAAGGCGGUGCCAUUAUUACUGUGGGAGUAGACAAAAAUGCUAAUAGGUCGAUUGUCUUGUGGGACAAGAAAGAUAUUACGAAAGAGGUUGAUGAAAUCAGCAUUGGGAGUGGGAGUGCUAAUCCUGUUCCAUAUUUAGAUUUGGAACUGAAUGUCUUGUUCACAUAUGCAAAGGGCGAAUCUGUUGUUAAAUAUUAUGAAAUUGAAAACGAAAAAAAAUUCUAUUUCUUGGCUGCCCAUCCUGCUACCAGUAGUCAAAAGGGAGGGAGUUUUAUUCCGAAAUAUGCUGUUGAUCCAAAAUUAAAUGAAAUCGCAAGGUUCUACAAAUUGCAUGCGGAUAAAUGUGAGCCGAUCAGCUUCAUUGUACCAAGAAAAUCGGAAACAUUCCAGAAGGAUAUAUAUCCAGAAUGUAGCUCUAGUGAGCCGGCAAUGUCUUCCCAGGAAUGGGUUAAUGGAAAAAACCACAGUCCAUUGAAACACGAUUUUCAAACAGUGUACGACGGCAGCCAAUGUCAAACUCAAAAAAAAGAUGUAAGACCAAUGAGAAAAGCGCUACCGAAAAGAGAUGCAGGUGGUGCUGGGGAAAAUACAGAGAAAACAAGAAAUGCUCCAAGCUAUCAUCAUCAACAACAGGCGAAUAAUGGAAUUCCCGAGGGAAUUGACUUCCCAGAAUUGCUUGAGGACAUGAAGAAAGUCAAAGCAACUGUACGUAAACUGAACAAACGGGUCAACAAAUUAGAAGAGCAGUUGAAAAAAGCUGGAAUUAUACCAGAAGAAGAGGAAGAGUGAGAUUACCGAUGAUAAUACAAUGCUGGAUACAAAAAGCCAUGCUGCAAUUUAACCAAAAUAGAAUAUCUUUUCUACUACGACUUAGCAAUGUAAAGAUUGAUUAUCAAUAUCAUAUAAGAAUUUUUCACUUUGAUUAUCACAUAUAUUGUUUACUGCUUCAUCAGCCGCAUCCACAUAGUGGGUUGUACCGAAAACAUACAAUUUCAUCAAAGCAUGUGGAAUGUACAUCAAUUUACCAUUUGAUUCAACUUCAACGAAGUUUUCAUAACUGUAAUUCAUGUUAAGGCUACCUGCCACAGCAAAAAAAAGAGCAAAAUGUUAGGUAGGCUAUUGAUUAAUGAAUAGCUAAUCAAAAACAAGUGGACUGUGUGUUAAAUCUUGGAACGUUUAUACAUAUAUAUGGAUCAGAAACUGCCUUUAGCUGCUGAUUUGCAGUAUGUAGCAAAAAUAUAAUCAAUUUCCAAUUUAUAACAUUCUUUAUCGUCCAUCGCAAUUGAACAAUUUUUUGAGUUAGGGUUCAGAGUAUAUAUAUAUAGUACCUUUCUGCGGAAAUAUAACCAGUGUUUUUUUUUUCUACAAUAUAUAGUACAGAAUAAUAAUGAGUCUUUUGCAGCCAAUCAAUGAAUAUGUCAAAAUGCAUUUAUUAUCAAUUUUGAAAUUAGACCGAUGACGGAUUUUUUGUGAUAAAAGAUCAGGCAUAUUGAUACUUUUAAAAUAUUUGGUAUUUUAUUGCAAACAGAAUAUCGAUUAAAUAUCUUCUUAUACUAAAAUUUAUUCGAUAUGAACUGUUAAGGGUUGAAUUCACGGAAUUGUAAAGUUAUUUAUGAAUUUUUAUGAGGUCCAGAAUUAUACAUUUGAAGAAGACUUUGUUACUGUUAUUAUAAGUCGAAGCAAUUGAGUAAAAGUUAGCAAAAUUGUAAAUAACAUAUCAUCAUCGGUACUAUGGUCUGUGUCUAAGCAUUGAGAACAAUUUUGCCUCCUUUUUUUGCAUGUUAUAUAUAAUCGGAUGUAUAUAGACAUUGAGUCGCAAUGGCACACUCCAACAACAAAAAGAUGACCGAUUUUACCCCAUCAUUUUUCAGAAUAACGGUUAUAUAGCAUGCAGAUCUCUACAUUUGCAUAUUAGUUUGGAUGCCCACAAUGUCACCCCAUUACUGAUGUGUUGUCGUGCUAUUAGCUUGGAUGCCCACAAGGGUGCCUCAUUACUGAUGUAUUGUUUAUGUUCUACAUGUAUCUCAUUUGUUUUUGAAUUUCUGACAUUCAUUUCCAUGUGUGGCUUUCCUGACUAAUUAAUUAUAAGUUCCUUGUAUUUAUUUUAAUUAAUCAUGAUGUAUCCUAGGCAUUAACUUUGCCAGACAUAAACUGAUUACCAUAUUUGCUAAGUUGACAAUCUGUUGUGUCAGAAAAACUUGAAUGAAUUUGCAACUGCAAAAAGUUUUGUCUCUGAUUUUGAAUAUUAAAAGUGAGCUUGGUACUUA